AUUGAAUAAAUAAUUGUAGACAUUACUUUGAAGGUCUUAUCAGCAAUAGAUAUAGGGUUGCAGUUUACGAGACUCUAUUUAUGGAUCAUAUGAAUUGAUCUACGCGUUAAACUAAUCCCAGACACGUUCUUCCGCCACGUAGAUAACGGUUGUUGUUGUCAAUCGUAACAAAAAAAUAGAUGUUGUCAAACUCGAAGCAUUUACAGAUAAAAAUAUGUUUGACAUCUUUCCUCUGAUUUCCAUCUUUUUCUUCUUCUUCUAUACUUUCUUUUCUCAUCCUGAUAGCUAUUACUUACCAUGUACAAAGCCCAAAUCUUGCAAAAAAUUAAAUCGGUGGCAGAAGCCCAUAAGAAUAAAGUCAAAGAUGAGUCCUUCCUAAACAUCGAGUGCAAGGAUUGCAAAACACUCGGACAUUUCAACAAGGCAUACCAUGAAUGCAAGUUUUACAAAACAGUUUCUGCGGCUGAUGUUGGAAGUAGCGGCAAGAAACGUAAGCAAUCAGCUACAAUCAAGGAAGAAAAGAAGCAAGCAAAGAGAAAGAAGAAGCAAACAACUGGAGAUAUCAAGUGUAUCAGUUGUGGCUUAAAGGGUCAUUCUACUUCUCGUUCUCUCGAAUGUCCCAAUCACAUUGCUUCAAAGGAAGAAGUUAUUACCUCGACGCUUGGAGAAGGCUCCACUGUAUUCACGAGGAAGCUCCCUCUUACGUCUGCUGUGAAGCCAGCGUUUCGCGAACAAUUCCAAGAAAAAGUCAUCUCUUGCUGCUCUGACAUAAGGAGAAUAGUAUUCUCUAGUCAAUUAUUCGUUAACUCGUACCUCAUUCAUUAUCAGGAGAAUAGAAGGAAUGCUAACAAAGGCGACAAGAAAGACACUGAUAAAAACAGCAACAAAGGCAGUAAAGAAGCCAACAAAGACAGGUCUAUUCCUGAUGUAUUCUGCCAGCAAUCCUGGUAUUCAGUAGGUCAGCUAGUAACGGGCAAGCAAGUUACUCACAAAACGGCAUUAUCCGAGGACAUAAAACAGUAUUAUACAGACUUCAAGGCAAAGUUCCCUACUAUCGAAGUAAAACACAAGCUGACCGUGGGAUAUAGCCAUUGCCUUACAGAGGCAGCAAAGGAAUUGAGCGUCUCUUACACGAACUCCAUUGUAGAGCGCUUCGAGCAGCGCUUAACAAAGUUCCUUACUUACAAAUUGAGAACUAUGCUCCCGAAUAUCAAACGCACUGAUGUACAAAGAAUUGUACAGCUGUAUUGUUACCAAUCUGUCUGUCAUGGUCAUCCUCAUUGGCCAGAAAACCUCGAGCUGGCGGCCGUUGACAAAAACCGAAUUGAAUUACUCUGCAAACAAUUUGAAGAGUUCAUUCCAGGAGAAGUAACCCUCGUUUCUCUUUCUGCUGCUCCUGCAAAGUUUGUUAAUGCGUUAUGGAACAUACAGUUUACGUACGAGCAAGAACAUAUACAGCAUAAACCGUCCGAUGUCCGUGUCCUACCACUUCCUCAGCGUUUCUUUCUCUUUCCUACUCCAUCGCUGAAAUGGCGUUUCAUCGCGAUAAGUAUAAACGCUCUUACACCCUUCAUGUUUCUCAGAAAAGUUGCCAAGGGUUAUACAGCCCAACUCGAACAAUUCUGUAAAGUCUUCAACUUCAAAAAGUUUGGCUUUAAGAGGUAAAACUAUAGAAGAACUUCUUCAGCAAAAUUAUGCCUAAUAGUAAACACACCCCUAUUUUUGCUUCUGUCAUAGUCUAACCGCUUUGAAGGAAAGUUCUGAUGUAAUGUUUCGAAACAUAGUUAGGUCGGACGGCUUUACUGUAGACUUUUUGUUCAGCCGCAAAAAGAAAAUAAAAGAAGACAUGACCAUUCAUAAUCACACCUUGACUUUGGAAGAUUUUUCUUAUGACGAAGUACAAGACAAUUACAGACCCGCUUUCCUUGAUCCAGGGCGAA